CAACCCCCGCGGCUGGCCGACGCUCCCCAAAACCAGUGCGAUCGAGCGAUUCACGCCGAGCGAUCACACCGUCGCGACGAAAUGCUAGGAUCGCAUUCGUAAAUCGUACUAUUUUUCCUCAACUAAUCAGUGAAAUAAUGUAAAUUGGUACUAAUACCGCGUGCACUGACGCCGCAGCGUUUCUUACCUGCGCGCUUCUUUUUUUCUAACCCGCCGGCCGGUAGACGCUCGCGACAACGCUACCCAAAAAAAAACUCCAUGUCAGUGAGAGCGAGGACCCUUGUGGCUGUGUAGUGUAGUUUUAGAAUAGUUAAAUGGAUCGUGCAAUGUUCGUAUGAGGAAGAAAAGCAACCGCAACAUCGUAAGUGGAGUGAGCAGCUUCUGUGUUUUCUGUUGUGUUUAAGCAGAAAUGCGGGCUAGAUCGGCCCAGCACCUAAUAUUCGAGUGGGGCGGCCGCUGAUCGAACCGAGAUGUCGGUGGGACUCCAGAGGCGCGUGCCGGCGCUCGAUGAAGGCGCGGGCGGCGUUCCAGCCGCCUGGAAGAGCGGGAACAGCGAGCCCCCUUUCCCCUCCUUCGCGCCGCCGGCGGGGAGCCCCGCGGGGCCCGCGUUCGCCGCGUCCCCCGCGCCCUCAACCCCUGGGCCCGGGCCGGGGUUUGCGGGCCCGUACGCGGCGCCGGGCCCCUUCGGCAGCCCUUCAGCCCGGCCCGGCUCAGGCGGCGGGUUCCCGCCAGGCCCGCCGCCCCAGCAAGGCCACUUCCCAGGGCCUGGGUUCGCGCCCCCAGGCUCUCCCUUCCACCCGCACCCCCCACACCCGCCCAUGCCUCACCCACACAUGAUGGCGCCGUUGCCGCCGCCCGUAGACAGACGACACGCGCCAUAUUUCGGCCAGCCAGACUACAGAGUUUAUGAACUCAAUAAGCGGUUACAACAGAGGACAGAGGACUCAGAUAAUUUAUGGUGGGACGCGUUCGCGACGGAGUUUUUUGAAGACGACGCGACACUCACGCUCACAUUUUGUUUAGAAGAUGGCCCUAAAAGAUACACGAUAGGAAGGACGCUCAUACCGCGCUACUUCCGCAGUAUAUACGAGGGCGGCGUCUCGGAACUGUACUACACGAUGCGGCAGCCGAAGGAAUCCUUCCACAACACCAGCAUCACGCUGGACUGCGACCACUGUACCAUGGUCACCCAUCACGGGAAGCCCAUGUUCACUAAAGUAUGCACAGAAGGCCGGUUAAUCCUGGAGUUCACAUUCGACGAUCUAAUGAGGAUCAAGUCGUGGCACAUGGCGGUGCGCGCGCACCGGGAGCUCAUCCCGCGCCAGGCCGUGCACCCGCCCGACCACGCGGCCCUGGAUCAACUGGCCAAGAACAUCACGCGGCAAGGGAUCACCAACUCCACACUGAACUACUUGCGGUUAUGCGUGAUACUAGAACCGAUGCAGGAGCUGAUGUCUCGACACAAGGCGUACGCGCUGUCCCCGCGAGACUGCCUCAAGACCACGCUGUUCCAGAAGUGGCAGCGGAUGGUGGCGCCCCCUGCCCCCACAGAAUCGCAACGCCCGGCGAGCAAGCGACGCAAGCGCAAAGGCAGCGCCGGCGCCAACGCCGCGCCGCCCGCGCCCGCCAAGAAGCGCUCGCCCGGGCCCAACUUUAGCCUCGCCUCACAGGACGUGAUGGUGGUUGGCGAACCUUCCCUAAUGGGCGGUGAGUUCGGCGACGAGGACGAACGGCUCAUCACCCGGCUCGAGAACACCCAGUACGAGGGCGACGGCGUGGAAUGGUCGGCGCCUCCGCCCGCGUCGCCCGCCAAGACGCCGCCCGGCGCGCACUGACGACACUAAAUAAAUAAAUAUAGGCCUUUACGGAUAAAUUAUUA